AUGAGGGCCCUCUCUUCCAUCGUGGCCAUCGCCGCCGCUGUCGCCACAGUAGCAGAUGGCUUCACCCCUAAUAAACCCAGCUACAUAGACCGGUAUCCCGGCGCUAAACCCUUUGACCAGUCCUUCCUCGAAGGCUACUCCAUCCUCAAGCACCUAGGUGGCCAAGGCCCUUACUCCAAUCGGCGCUCGUAUGGCAUCGGCCGCGAUCCCCCCGAUGGCUGCGCCGUUGACCAGGUUAUCAUGCUCCGGCGGCACGGCGAGCGGUACCCGGAACCUGCCGUAGCCGCGGUUUUCAACGACGUGCUCGCGAAGGUCUACGCGAGUAAUCUGACCAAUGGAGGUGCGUUCGGAGGAAGCCUCGAGUUCCUGAAUCGCUGGGAGACGUUCAUGCCCAACGAAGGCUACUGGGCGCUCGAGUCGUACUCGGGGCCAUACGCGGGGCUACUGGAAGCAUACGGGCAUGGGGUUGAGUAUCGAAUCCGAUAUGGUCAUUUGUGGGAUCAGGAGCCCGGGGUUAUGGUGCCGAUGUUUACGAGUAGUUAUGAGAGGAUUGUGCAGACGGCGCGGAAGUUUGGAGAGGGUUUCUUCGGUUGGAAUUACACCACUUCGGUGGCUUUGAAUGUGCUUUCCGAGGAUGAAACUAUGGGGGCGAAUAGUCUGACGCCGGCUUGCGUUCACGAUGAUGACUACGAGAUGUGCAAGAGCCUGCCGGGUUACAUGCCGCAAUUUGACGUGGCGGUCGAUCGACUGAAGACGCAGAACCCGGGCCUUGACAUUAACGCGACGGAUGUGUUCAAUUUGAUGAAGAUGGUCGCCUACGAGCUCAAUGUCCGCGGCCAUUCGGAUUGGAUAGAUGCCUUCAGUCUGGACGAGUGGACUGCGUUCGGGUACACGCAAAACCUGGACUUUUACUACUGCGCUGGACCCGGCGACAAGAACAUGGCAGCAGUAGGUGCAGUGUACGCCAACGCAACCCUGCUCCUCCUGAACCAGGGCCCGGAAAAGGCGGGAAAGAUGUUCUGGAACUUUGCCCACGACACGAACAUCACCCCCAUCCUCUCCGCCCUUGGCCUCUUCGUCCCCAGUUCCCACCUCCCGCUGGACCGUAUCCCCUUCCCCAACCCCUACGAAAUCGGCGACAUCAUGCCCAUGGGCGGGCGCCUUGUCAUGGAGCGUCUGUCCUGCAACUCCACGGCCGUCACGCCGCAGGACACGUACGUCCGGCUCGUGCUCAACGAGGCCGUCGUCCCGUUUCCGGACUGUCAGGAGGGUCCAGGGUUCUCGUGCUCGCUGGCUAACUACACGAGGCUUUUGGAGGAGAAACUGCCCGAUUAUACGACCACUUGUGGGAUUCCGGAGGAGUCUCCGCAGUAUUUGAAGUUCUUCUGGGAGGCGAAUACGACGCAGGAGUGGAAUUGGGACCCGAAGGUUAUUCCGUAUCAGUGGUCUUUUAUUUUGUGA